AUGUUCGUAACUGUUCGCAAUGGUCCUGACGACACGCCACAGCCGAUGGCAGUUCCACUCUCUCACUUCUCUGCACCACCAGGCAUGGCAGUCGCACAACACGGCCCCGCACGUCGCGUGGUCGUCGCACAGCCUCCCUUCGCCACUCAAGCCCCCUUCGCGAACCCUAACGACACCACGAAAACUCUCGACGAGCGGUUUCGCGCUCUCUCCGCCCAGCGCAGUCAAAGCGUCCGUCGCGCGGAGGCGAAAGCGCGCCAAGCCGAAGCACGGCAAUCGACUCUAGCUGCGCAGCGGAAAGUAUCUUCCGCCGCCGCUCCUUCCGUUCCCCCGUCAGCUUCCGCACGGGCAGGCGGAAAUCAAACAGGCGGAGGAGGGACCACUCGACCCAGCAGCACUGCUGCAAACGGAUCGAGAUUGAGGAGCAAACCCGCAGCUGCCACGUCAUCGGCGAAAAAGCCCGCCGCGGCCGCAGCGGCACCAGCGUCCCAGCCCAUUCAGUCGCGUCUCACCUUUCCCGGCGGGGCUGGCGCCGCGAAGGGGAAGGCGGGAGCUGCGGCGGGUGCAGCUGGUGCAGGCUCGGUCCACUCGCGCUUGACGUUUCCCGGCAACCAGCCGCCAGUGCAGGGAGUUCAGGUCCCGCCGAACCUGCGCUUUGCCGUGGGUUCGGGGGGCGCAGUUGCUGGAAGGGGGAGGGGUGCACGCGGGCGGGGAGCAGCGGGAGUGGGCAGAGGGGGGAUGGUCGCGGGAAGGCGUGGGGGUGCGGUUGUUGCGGCGGCGGGUGUAAGGACGCGCGCCGCUGCUGCGCGGACCGCGUUUGGGGCGACCAUGUUCGGGACAAGCAUGUCGACCGACGCUGCUGCCACGAAGCCGGACGAGGUGACCGCUGGGGCGACCAGCGACGAGACCGCGCCGCUGAAGAAAUCGCGGAAGAUUCUUGUAGCGGUGGACCCGAGCGACGAGAGCACGUACGCGUUAAAGUGGGCUCUCGAGAAUGUGAUACAAGCGGAGGACAAGGUUCACCUGCUACACGCGCAGCCGUACCCGAAAGUCUACGCGGGACCUGCGGGUCCAGGGUUCUACGUGCCACCGGAGGUGGUGGAGACGAUGAAGAAGCAGGAGGAGGCGGUGAGCAGGCAGGUGCUGCGCGCUGCCAAGGCCAUGUGCGAGCAGUUCAAGGUAUCAGCAGAAGCCGACGUGAUAGAGGGAGAGCCCCGGGAGUCCAUCUGUGACGCCGUGGAGCAGCUGGGCGUGCAGCUGCUGGUGAUCGGCAGCCAUGGCUACGGCACCGUCAAGAGGGCGUUCCUGGGCAGUGUGAGCGACUACUGCGUUCACCAUGCUGCAUGCCCUGUGGUCGUGGUUCGGAAGGUGUAA